AUGGGCUUAAUUAAUGGUGGCUUCAAGUGUGGAGAUAAUGAGCAGAGUCGUUUGGCUAUUGGUACGACACGAGGGUUGAAUUGGUCACCAGUAUCCUUUAGAUUCUUCAGAUUCUCCCGCACUUUUCCAAAGUCAAUCGAUUUGAAUACAAGAGCAUUUACAUCCAAGACAUCUUUGAUCAUGUCUAGAACCGAAAGAUGUGGCCGAGCGUAUCCACUAUUCGAUAUUUCCACUAUUUGGAAUGCCAAAAAUGCGAUUCUCGAUAAAUCGAGCAGUGGUGUCCGGAAUAAUAGAUUCCGAUUGGAGAGCACCUUCCAUGGCUCCAUAGCGUCAGCAAUUGAGGCAGGGAAUUUCUCCAAUGAUUUUGCCUCUUGGAUGCUGUUGAAUCCAUGGCGUACCACUCUGCUCAACCAACUGAACAACUCAAUUGCAGAGUUAACUGCUUUCAAGCAAUCUUGGAAGUCGUCGUCGGUUACUCCAGUGGUUGAACGACUCAGAUGGUCAUUCAGCAAGUCCAUCACAGAGUCGACCAUCACUGGAUUUUCCAUCUCUGUAUAG